UGGAAGUGGCCCUACCGUUGGAGAUGUUGCGGCUCUGGGGGCUCAGGCUACGGUGGCAGAGACCUCCGGCGCUUGGGAUCCCAGCAAAGAACCUCGGCCUUAGAAAGGUCGCUUCCUGCAUCUCUCCACCGGGCAACACCUCGCCCAGAGCUCUAAAUAUCUUCGACCGGGAUUUGAAGAGAAAACAGAAGAACUGGGCGGCCCGGCAGCCCGAGCCGAUGAAGUUUGACUACCUGAAGGAGGAGGUUGGAAGUCGGAUUGCAGACCGCGUAUAUGACAUAGCUAGAAAUUUUUCCCUUGCUUUGGAUGUUGGUUGUGGAAGAGGUUACAUAGCACAGCAUUUGAAUAAGGAAAGUGUUGGAAAGUUCUUCCAAGUAGACAUUGCAGAAAAUGCUUUGAAAAACACCUUAGAAAUGGAAAUCCCUACUGUCAGUGUUUUAGCUGAUGAAGAGUUUCUUCCCUUCAGAGAAAAUACAUUUGACCUGGUGGUUAGCAGUUUAAGUUUACAUUGGGUGAAUGACCUUCCUAGAGCACUUGAACAGAUUCAUUACGUUUUAAAACCAGAUGGAGUAUUUAUUGGUGCAAUGUUUGGAGGUGACACACUCUAUGAACUUCGGUGUUCAUUACAGUUAGCAGAAACAGAAAGGGAAGGAGGAUUUUCUCCACACGUGUCUCCUUUCACUGCUGUCAAUGACCUAGGACAUCUGCUUGGGAGAGCUGGCUUUAAUACACUGACUGUGGAUACUGAUGAAAUUCAAGUUAACUAUCCUGGGAUGUUUGAAUUGAUGGAAGAUUUACAAGGUAUGGGUGAGAGUAACUGUGCUUGGAAUAGAAAAGCCUUGCUGCACCGAGACACGAUGCUGGCGGCUGCGGCGGUGUAUGGAGAAAUGUACGGAAAUGAGGAUGGCUCAGUACCUGCCACGUAUCAAAUCUAUUACAUGAUAGGAUGGAAAUACCAUGAUUCACAGGCAAGACCAGCUGAAAGAGGUUCAGCAACUGUGUCAUUUGGAGAGCUGGGAAAAAUAAACAAUCUUAUGUCACAGGAGAAAAAAUCACAAUAAAUAUUUUAUCCACUGUUAA